AUGGAGGCACCAGCUGUUGUGGAGGACAUUCCUGCGGAUGCAGGUGCAGAGGCGGCUAAGGAUCAGCCUCAAGGAUUUCUGGGUGGUCCGAGCAACCCAUCUGUGUUGACAGCGUAUGCGGAUCACGUUGCUUGCAGCGUAUGGACGGGAGAGGAGCGUCUUGAAUUGAAGCUAUCCUAUCAUGGGAGGAAGGUCCACAGUUUAGGCAGGCCUGUCCUUGCCAUUGAGGGACUUAUUGCUGGUACCGGACUAAGUCCUCUGAUUGCGUGUUCGGUAGACACCGACGAUCGGGGACUUUUGUCCGCGUUUGUGGAGCAGUGGCACUGGGAGACGUCUCGUUUCCAUCUCCCGGUGGGAGAGCUCACCAUCACAUUGGACGAUGUCUCCUCUCUUCUCUAUCUUCCCGUUAUUGGUGACUUACACGCAUUUCAGCCCUUGCACGUGGACGAUGCGGUUCAGAUGCUGGUGGACUUGUUGAUGGUCUCUCCAAAGUCUGCUAGGGCUGAGACAGUCUAG